UCUUAAAUCUUUGGCCUCUUUUUCCAGCUUAAAUCUCUUUCUCUUUCCCAGAGGUGACCCAACCAACCAGAGAUCAAAAUGACCGACUCCAAGUAUUUCACCACCACCAAAAAAGGAGAAAUAUUUGAACUGAAGGCUGAACUGAACAGCGACAAGAAAGAGAAAAAGAAGGAGGCUGUCAAAAAAGUGAUUGCGUCUAUGACAGUGGGCAAAGAUGUCAGUGCUCUUUUCCCAGACGUAGUCAACUGCAUGCAAACAGACAACCUGGAGCUGAAGAAGCUGGUGUACUUGUAUCUGAUGAACUAUGCCAAGAGUCAGCCAGACAUGGCCAUCAUGGCUGUCAACACAUUUGUCAAGGACUGCGAAGAUCCAAACCCCCUCAUCCGAGCGCUGGCGGUACGUACAAUGGGCUGUAUCCGAGUUGACAAGAUAACGGAGUAUCUUUGUGAGCCCUUGCGGAAAUGCCUGAAGGACGAGGACCCGUACGUGCGCAAGACGGCAGCGGUCUGCGUCGCCAAGCUCCACGACAUCAAUGCGCAGCUGGUGGAGGACCAGGGAUUCCUGGAUACUUUGAAAGACCUCAUUUCAGACUCCAAUCCAAUGGUGGUUGCAAAUGCAGUUGCGGCCCUCUCGGAGAUCGCGGAGUCGCACCCCAGCAGCAACCUGCUUGACUUGAAUCCGCAGUCCAUCAACAAGCUGCUGACGGCUCUGAAUGAGUGCACCGAAUGGGGGCAGAUCUUCAUCUUAGACUGCCUGGCUAACUAUAUGCCCAAGGACGACCGUGAAGCUCAGAGCAUCUGCGAGCGGGUGACCCCCCGGCUGUCCCACGCCAACUCUGCUGUGGUCCUUUCGGCCGUGAAGGUGCUGAUGAAGUUCACCGAGAUGCUCUCGAAAGACCUAGAUUAUUACGGGACUUUGCUGAAGAAACUGGCCCCCCCUCUGGUCACCCUGCUCUCGGCCGAACCAGAGCUGCAGUACGUGGCUCUCCGGAACAUCAACCUGAUUGUGCAGAAAAGGCCUGAAAUCCUCAAGCACGAGAUGAAAGUCUUCUUUGUGAAGUACAAUGACCCGAUCUACGUCAAGCUGGAGAAGUUGGACAUUAUGAUCCGCCUGGCGUCCCAGGCCAACAUCGCCCAGGUGCUUGCAGAGUUAAAGGAAUACGCAACAGAAGUGGAUGUCGAUUUUGUGCGGAAAGCUGUCCGGGCCAUCGGCCGAUGCGCCAUUAAGGUUGAGCAAUCAGCAGAGCGCUGUGUGAGCACGUUGCUGGAUCUCAUCCAGACCAAGGUCAACUACGUGGUGCAGGAAGCUAUUGUGGUCAUCAAGGACAUUUUCCGCAAGUACCCAAACAAGUACGAAAGCGUGAUCGCCACUCUGUGCGAGAACCUGGACUCCCUCGACGAACCAGAAGCCAGGGCUGCCAUGAUCUGGAUCGUGGGAGAGUACGCAGAGCGCAUCGACAAUGCAGACGAGCUGCUGGAGAGUUUCUUGGAGGGCUUCCAUGAUGAAAGUACCCAGGUUCAGCUGCAGCUGCUGACGGCCAUCGUGAAGCUCUUCCUGAAGAAGCCCACCGAGACGCAAGAGCUGGUGCAGCAAGUGCUGAGUUUGGCCACCCAGGAUUCGGAUAACCCCGACUUGAGGGACCGGGGCUACAUCUACUGGCGCCUGCUCUCCACGGAUCCUGUGGCGGCCAAGGAGGUGGUCCUGGCCGAAAAGCCUCUCAUUUCUGAGGAGACGGACCUGAUCGAGCCGACGCUGCUGGACGAGUUGAUCUGCUACAUCGGCACGCUGGCCUCGGUCUAUCACAAGCCCCCGAGUGCAUUCGUGGAGGGGAGCAGAGGGGUCACCCAUAAAAGCCUCCCCCCCCGGACAGGCUCAAGCGAAAGCGCGGAGAGUCCAGAUGUUGCUCCAGCUGGGGUACCGCCUUCGGAGCAACCAGCCGUCAUCCCAACUCAGGGCGAUCUUCUGGGAGACCUGCUGAACCUUGACCUCGGGCCCCCGGUCAGCAGCCCUCCGAUCGCGACAUCGUCGGUGCAGAUGGGAGCGGUGGAUCUCCUCGGCGGUGGCUUGGACAGUCUCGUAAGUCCCUCUUGUCCUUGGUUAGUGGCCUCCAAACCCUGA